AUGGCGACUGAGACGAUGAUCGCGGAACUGCCUGCCCAGGCUUUGAUGGGUUCACUUCCCACUCUGCUGGGUCGGUAUCAGCUGACCAAGGGAGAGGCCUAUGCCGCGGCCAGGGAAGCCAGGAAGGUCCCACUUCUCACGAAGGAGCGAGGUGUUGCGUUGCAGCUGGAACUCAUGGCAACCUACAGUUCGCCCGCCUUCCAAAAGCAGCUUCACGAACUCGGCCGCACGCUUGGGCCUGCGAGCAGCAAAUUUCGGGCUGCAUUGUGCAGAAUGGUGCGCCAUGCCCAGAUGGAGGUCAUCCCCACGUAUGGCUUCGAACCCUCUGAAGAAGGGGUCGAGACCAUGUUGCGAGCAUUUAAAUCGCUGGAGAAGGAUCCUGACAUCGAGGUCAACAGCGUGGCCAUCAGGGACUUGCUGUCCUUGGAGGCCCCACCCAUGGAAAUGAAUGAGAAGAACAAGGUCAUCGAGAGACCAGUGACCAAGCACCGCAUCUUGGACAUGCUUCGUGUUCAGCUCAUCGAAUUUAGCAAGGCUACCUUCCAGGCCGACGUGGACGAGCUGAAGAAAUGUGCUGACUACAACUCUGGCCGA